GAACACCAGCUCAGUGUGUGAACAAGCACGGUCUCUGAAGGAUCGAUCCCUGAGCUCUAUAGUCACAGCUGGAAAUCUAUUGCUGGGGAUUCAAAAGACAGUUCCCCAGUCUAUUACAAUGGAAUAACCCAGGAGCUGCAGCUGGAGACUACUUUCUCUCUCACGCUUUUUUUUAUAGUACGUGGUUCAGGGAUAAUCUUUUUGGGAUCCUGUUGGAUUUUUUUUCUAGGAUUUGGAUACUUUUCUCUGUCUCCAUCUCUUUGGAAUAAGUGCCUCGCAAUAACAAGGAAUAGAAAGGAUUUAUUGAUAUGCAUAGAGCAGCAGAGUCUGAACCCAGGCAGCUUUGCGAAGACGUUCUUGAUGUUCUACAAACAUAAAGCAGCUGCUGGCAGGUGUUAGUCUUUGAUCCUGUCAGAGUGGGACGCAUCUAGCAGGGGACGGAGGAGAAGGCAGUGCCAACUUGGAACAUGGUGCCUAAUAUUAACCCGGCAGUGCCCCUGGUGCCCAGAGGGGCGUUGCUGUCCCUGCUUCUACUCAGCUGUGUGGUGAUCUCCUCUGUGGCAGACAGUUUGCCAAGUUUUAUCAAAACCCCAGAGGACCAGACAGGCAUCUCGGGGGGAGUUGCAUCAUUUGUGUGCCAGGCCAGUGGGGAGCCCAAACCCAGGAUCACCUGGAUGAAGAAAGGCAAGAAAGUCAGCUCCCAGCGCUUUGAGGUGAUUGAGUUUGAUGAUGGUUCGGGCUCCGUGCUGCGCAUCCAACCGCUGCGCACACACCGAGAUGAAGCCAUUUACGAGUGCACCGCUACCAACAGCGCUGGUGAGAUCAACACCAGCGCUAAGCUUACAGUGCUUGAAGAAAACCAAAUUCCCCACGGCUUUCCCACCAUCGACAUGGGUCCUCAGCUGAAGGUGGUGGAGAGAACCAGAACGGCCACGAUGCUGUGUGCUGCCAGUGGGAACCCCGACCCGGAGAUCUCCUGGUUCAAGGACAUGCUUCCUGUAGAAAUCAGCAACAGCAACCCACGCAUCAAGCAGCUUCGCUCAGGGGCUCUACAAAUUGAGAACAGUGAAGAGUCGGACCAGGGCAAGUACGAAUGUGUGGCCUCCAACAGCGCCGGGACGCGUUACUCUGCUCCUGCCAAUCUCUACGUACGAGUGCGAAGAGUCCCACCCAGAUUCUCUAUUCCACCCACGAACCAAGAGGUGAUGCCUGGGGGCAGCAUCAAUCUGACAUGUGUGGCAGUGGGUUCACCCAUGCCCUACGUUAAGUGGAUGAUGGGCAUCGUGGAACUGACCAAGGAGGAAGAGAUGCCGCUGGGACGCAAUGUUCUAGAAGUCACUAACAUCCGGGAGUCCACCAACUACACCUGUGUCGCCAUGUCCUCCCUGGGCAUAAUCGAAGCCACAGCACAGGUUACUGUCAAAGCUUUGCCAAAGCCCCCUACCUCGCUCACCGUCACUGAGACCACAGCCACUAGUGUGACUCUCACGUGGGACUCUGGGAAUCCUGAACCUGUGUCCUAUUACAUGAUCCAAUACAGACCCAAGUCUUUAGAUGUUGGCUUCCAGGAAGUGGAAGGUGUAGCCACUACCCGUUACAGUAUUGGAGGACUGAGCCCGUACUCCGAGUACGAGUUCCGUGUCAUGGCUGUCAACAACAUAGGCCGCGGGCCACCUAGCGACCCAGUGGAGACGCGCACAGGUGAACAGGCCCCCUCCUCGCCCCCCCUGCACGUCCAGGCUCGCAUGCUGAGCGCCAGCACAAUGUUGGUUCAGUGGGAACCGCCCGAGGAACCCAACGGUCAGAUCAGGGGCUACCGCAUCUACUACAGUUCAGACCUGACAGCUCCCCUCAGCGCCUGGCAGAAACACAACACAGAUGACAGCAGUCUGACUACCAUCUCAAACCUGACUCCUGAUAUCACAUACAGCCUGCGGGUGCUGGGCUUCACCUCUGUAGGUGACGGACCACCAUCUGACAUCCUGCAAGUGAAAACCCAGCAGGGAGUUCCUGCCCAACCAUCCAGCUUUGAGGCAGAAGCUGAGCUGGACACUCGCAUCAGACUCUCAUGGCUGUGGCCUGUGCAGGGACAGAUCACAAAGUACGAGCUGCAGUAUUGGGAGGCUGGAUCUGACAACAAGAUACACGUGACCUUUGACGCCAUGGGCUCCUACGCUGUGGACGGUUUAAAGCCUGACACCUUGUAUUACUUCACCCUGGCAGCACGCUCUGAAAUGGGUUUAGGUGUUUACACGCAACCCAUCGAGGCACGCACCGCCCAGUCCACCCCAUCCGCUCCCCCACAAGAGGUACAUCUGGUCAGCCUGAGCUCCACCAGCCUCAAGGUGAGUUGGGUGGCGCCGCCCGCCGAUAGCCGCCACGGCGCCAUUGUGCGCUACACAGUCAGCUACCAGGCCCUGGCUGGAGAGGACACGGAGCGGCAUGAGGUGACGGGCGUGGGUGCAGAUGCCACCAGCUAUGAUCUGGAGAACUUGGAGAAGUGGACUGAGUAUCAGGUGUGGGUGAGGGCACACACUAAUGUGGGCCCAGGUCCUGAAAGUGCCCCGGUGAAGAUGAGAACCAAAGAAGAUGUGCCAGGAGCUCCCCCCAGGAAGUUGGAGGUUGAGGCUAUCAACUCCACAGCCAUCCGGGUCACCUGGAAGCCACCGCUGCAGGGGAAGCAGCACGGUCAAAUCCGUGGAUACCAAGUCAUCUUCUCCAGGCUUGAAAACGGCGAACCUCGAGGCCAGCCUAACAUCUUGGACGUUACUUUGCCGGAGGCACAGUGGAAUAUUGAGGAGUCCACGGAGCAUGAGGCCAUCAUUGGAGGACUGCAGUCUGAAACCACUUACUCUGUCACUGUAGCAGCCUACACCACCAAGGGCGAUGGAGCUCGGAGCAAAGCCAAAAUCAUCACCACAACAGGAGCAGUGCCGGGUAAGCCCACCAUGAUGAUCAGUACCACCAUGGGCAACACAGCGCUGAUCCAGUGGCAGCCGCCAAAGGAUAUGGUGGGAGAGCUGAUGGGCUACCAGCUGCAGUACAAGCGCGUUGAUGAAGACGCCUACUCGUCACGGGAGCUGAGGAAGACCGACGACCACUUCACUGUCACUGGACUCCACAAAGGUGCCACGUACGUAUUUCGCCUCAGCGCUCGCAAUCGUGCCGGUGUGGGCGAGGCGUACGUGAAGGAGAUUAGCACCCCUGAAGACGUCCCCGCUGGCUUUCCGACCAACCUGCAAGUGACAGGACUGACCCAGUCCAGCACUCAGCUGACCUGGGAGCCCCCGCUGUUGGCAGAGAGGAACGGCAGAAUCAUCUAUUACCUGGUGGUCUACAGGGACAUCAAUAGCCAGCAGAACAGCACCAAUCGCACGGCGGACACUUCCAUGACCAUCCAGGGUCUUAACCCGGACACAACUUACGACAUCCGUGUCCAGGCUUACACCAACAAAGGAGGCGGACCCCUCAGCCCCAGCAUCCAGAGCAGGACCAUGUCAAAUGAUUUUCCAACCCUGAACUUCGGUGUCAAAGCGAUCAUGAAAACCUCUGUCCUUCUGACCUGGGAUUUACCGCCAAACUAUAAAUCUCAAGUGCCUUUUAAGAUCCUGUACAACCAGCAGAGCGUGGAGGUGGAGGGAAACCUGAAGAGGAAGCUGAUCUCCCAGCUGCAGCCAGACACAGACUACUCCUUCGUACUUACAAGCCGAGGAAACAUUGCAGGAGGUCUGCAGCAGCAGGUGUCCAUCCGAACUGCCCCCGACCUGAUCAAGACUAAACCCAGCACACAUCUGGCCGAGGAUGGCAAGAUGAUCAUAAACUUACCCCGGGUCCAAACCACCUCACCCGUCAGGUGGUACUACAUUGUGGUGGUGCCAGUGUCGCAGCAGCGGUGGAAGAAUCCAGACGAGAUGGACCUGGAGGAGCUGCUCAAGUCAAGCCACUUUCCAGGACUGAGACGCCGACGCCACUUAGAUUCUUCAAAGCCCUACAUCGCUGCUAAGUUGGAUUCACUGCCAGCCAACUUCACCCUGGGCGAUGAGAAGAUGUACGGUGGUUUUUACAACAGACCGCUGACCAGUCCACAGGAGUACCUCUGCUUCGUCCUGGCCCAGCUUCAGUCUGAGCCCGUCGACGGGAACGCCAGUAACAUGACUUUUUCUGCCAGUCCCUACUCAGACCCCAUUCAAGGCACCAGACUUCUUCCGCACGGGUCGGAGCAGACUGAAAUGUUGUGGGUGAUGGGCCCAGUUCUGGCCGUUGUCCUCAUCAUCAUCAUCGUCAUUGCCAUUCUGCUGUUUAAAAAGAAGAGGGCGUCACCCUUACCAAAAGACGACCACUCUGGUGGAGUGAAAGACUCCCUGCUGGCGAACUCCUCCGAUCCUGUGGAGAUGAGAAGACUGAACUAUCAGACCCCAGGUACCAGCUCUCAUCGUUGCCCCAACACUCCAAGAAUGAGGGAGCACCCACCCAUCACUGUUGCCAACCUGUCGGAUCACAUAGAGCGACUGAAGGCCAAUGACGGCCUUCGCUUUUCGCAGGAGUAUGAGUCCAUUGAUCCGGGUCAGCAGUUUACCUGGGAAAACUCCAACAUGGAAGUCAACAAGCCAAAGAAUCGCUAUGCAAAUGUCAUCGCCUACGACCACUCCAGAGUGGUGCUCACCUCUGUGGAUGCCGUUCCUGGAAGUGACUACAUAAACGCCAACUACAUCGAUGGCUACAGGAAGCAGAAUGCCUACAUCGCCACCCAGGGGCCUCUGCCAGAGACACUGAGUGACUUCUGGAGGAUGGUGUGGGAGCAAAGAUCCAACACUAUUGUCAUGAUGACUAGACUGGAGGAGAAGUCACGGGUCAAGUGUGACCAGUACUGGCCGUCACGUGGAACGGAGACCUAUGGUAUGAUCCAGGUCACCAUGCUGGACACUGUAGAGUUGGCCACGUACAGUGUCCGUACAUUUGCCCUCUAUAAGAAUGGCUCCAGUGAAAAGAGAGAAGUCAGACAGUUCCAGUUCAUGGCCUGGCCCGAUCACGGGGUACCCGAGUAUCCGACGCCCAUCCUGGCCUUCCUGCGACGUGUGAAGUCCUGCAAUCCUCCAGAUGCCGGGCCUAUGGUGGUCCACUGCAGCGCCGGCGUGGGCAGGACUGGCUGCUUUAUCGUAAUCGAUGCCAUGCUGGAGCGCAUGAAGCACGAGAAGUCGGUGGACAUCUACGGCCACGUGACGUGCAUGCGCGCUCAGAGGAACUACAUGGUCCAGACUGAGGACCAGUACAUCUUCAUCCACGAGGCCCUGCUGGAGGCUGCCACCUGUGGCAACACCGAGGUGCUGGCCCGUAACCUGUACGCCCACAUCCAGAAACUCACCCAACCCCCGGUGGGGGAGACUGUCACUGCCAUGGAGCUGGAAUUCAAGAGACUGGCCAACUCCAAAGCCCACACAUCACGCUUCAUCAGCGCCAACCUACCCUGCAACAAAUUCAAGAACCGCCUGGUCAACAUCAUGCCUUUUGAGUCUACCCGCGUCUGCCUGCAGCCCAUCCGUGGUGUCGAGGGUUCAGAUUACAUCAACGCCAGCUGCAUCGAUGGCUACAGACAGCAGAAAGCCUAUCUGGCCACACAGGGCCCCCUGGCUGAGACCACCGAGGACUUCUGGAGGAUGCUGUGGGAACACAACUCCACCAUCAUCGUCAUGCUCACCAAGCUCCGGGAGAUGGGACGGGAGAAGUGUCAUCAGUACUGGCCAGCAGAGCGGUCAGCCAGGUACCAGUACUUUGUGGUGGAUCCGAUGGCCGAGUACAACAUGCCACAGUACAUCCUGCGAGAGUUUAAAGUCACGGAUGCCAGGGAUGGACAGUCCAGAACAAUCCGCCAGUUUCAGUUCACUGACUGGCCUGAGCAGGGAGUGCCAAAAACUGGAGAGGGCUUCAUUGACUUCAUUGGGCAGGUUCACAAAACCAAGGAACAGUUUGGACAGGACGGACCAAUCACUGUACACUGCAGUGCUGGGGUGGGUCGGACCGGAGUCUUCAUCACGCUCAGCAUUGUGCUGGAGAGGAUGAGGUACGAAGGUGUGGUCGACCUCUUUCAGACAGUGAAGACACUUCGUACCCAGCGGCCCGCAAUGGUGCAGACUGAGGACCAGUACCAGUUGUGCUACAGGGCAGCACUGGAGUACUUAGGGAGUUUUGACCACUAUGCAACGUAACUACUUCCUCAGAGCAGCCUACCUGGUCAAACCUCUCAGGAGCGUGCCAAGUGUCCCAUCUCAGCCACCAUCCACUCACUUGACCCCCUAACAUCCCCUCGCAGCAACCACAGUGCAGAGACCCACCGCUGGGUCCACCAAUCACAGAGAUCAAUGCCGAACAUGUGAAAAUUUUCUUAACAAAUUGUGACGGGAAUACUGUAUUACAAUGACUCUGACAGAUAUGACAACUGUUGUUCAGCUGUACAAACAGAUGUUUGAAUUUUUUUUUUUCAUAUCGUUUUUUUGAAUUGUCAAUAUUCUGAUUCAUUAUGUCAUUUGUUAUUGUUUGGUACAUUUGUUAAAGAAAAGUUUUUAAUAAUUAUUUUAACAUCUCAGACAUUUCUUAUGUCUUAAUCCGCCCAGUUUGGGUCUUGGCAUUUGUUUCAUAAUUGGUACUUUAUUUUUAUUAUCUUAGGGUACUUUAGCACAAAGGACAUGUGUUUUUAACAUGUUCUUAGAUACUAAUACAAGAGGACCACUGUUCUCUGAGCUGCUGUCAGAUUUAUGUUUUCAUAAUGACUUCUGUGGUUUGUUCUUAUUAUGUGUCAUAUGUUGUUUUCGGUCUUAUUCAGUUUAACGCAUCGCUUUAAAAUUUGCCUUUGUUUUGGCCUAAAACAGUCAGUGUCAGAGUAAUCUAAUCCAGAGCACACACACUUGAUAAAAGUUGUAAACAUGGUAGCUAGCUACAAAACGCGCAACAGAGCUAACAUGAGACUAAACAACAGUACACACCUGUGGGAAGCACAUUAUCUCUUUGUUAUUUUUUGUUUGGUGUUUGUUAGUUUUUCAUCAGCCUGUGGCAGUGAGGCCUUCAUACUCCAGAGUGGAGAACUAACCUGAGGAAAACAGACUUUAAUAUCCAAAGGUUAAUGACACAGGAAGAAAAAAAAGAAAAAACCUCCCCGAUCUCUGAAACAAAACAAAAGCUCUUCAAGUCAAACUCACCUCCUCGCUGCCCAUCGGUGUGGUCACGUGACCGGAGUUAUAGCCCACACUGAGCGGCGCGGGCGGGUGUCGUGACGGCUGAGGAGAAGAGCCAUCAACGCUGGCACCUGUACAGAAUCAACCAUUCCUACCAGAGGGACAGAGACUCAGCCCUGUGAACUGAAACCUGAUAUGAUUAUUUUCUACAGAUACAGAACUAUAAAUAAAUAUAUAUAUAUAUAAUUAUUAUUGAUUAUAUAUAUGUACAAUUACACGAGGAUAUAAACACGGCUUCAAAAGUAUAUUGUUUAAAGGAGUAAAUCUGAUGUACCAACACUAGAGGCAGCAGAGAGCCUGCCGUCCUAGGGUGUGUAAUAAUGGACGCACCAUUGUAUCUACUGUAAACCAUAGUAACUUUGACAGCUGCUCGUCCAUCUGCAGGAGCAAGAAUAACAGCACAACGACCGCCCCUCGCCGCCAAACCUGCCCUGCCCCACCGCGCCCUAUCGUACAAACUGGACGACUCCUCAGCACAGGCUGUGGCACGACUUAAGCACACGCGUGUUCUCCGACACGGGCAGCAGAAGGCAGCGUCUGAUCUGAAAGGCCUACAUGUGGGUGAAGGUGGUGGCGACAGAGGAGGAGAAGGAGGGGGGGCUUGAAAAACGCUGGCAGAAAAAAAAUUCAAACAAAGUUCAUUUUUAUCUUGUGAAUGCUUAGUGCUGUAGGGGUUCGAUUUGUUGUACACACACAGUCUGUUUUCUAUUUGUUGAUAAAGAACUGGAAUAAUAAAAAAAAGCUGUUGAUGAAAAGGAAAAAAUCACAUUGAUGUUAAUAAAGUUAAAUAAUUUGGUUUUUGUAUGAAAA